ACACACACACACACACACACACCAUGUACUCCAUUGCCGCUUACUCCUCCAUCCGCCGUGCCGGCUUCGGCUUCCGUGGCGCCGCUGCCCUUCCCCAGCUUUUCUCUCGCGCCUACGGUGCCGCCGCUGGCCUCACCCACGACGAGGUCGAGUCUCGUGUCAUGAACACUGUCGGCUCCUUCGGCAAGAUCCAGCCCGAGCAGGUCUCCACCUCCUCCCACUUCGUCACCGACCUCGGCCUGGACUCCCUCGACGUUGUCGACCUCGUCCUCGAGCUCGAGGCCGAGUUCAACAUCGAGAUCCCCGAUGCCGAUGCCGAGAAGAUCCUCUGCGUCAACUCCGCCAUCAAGUACAUCGCCAACAACCCCAACGCCCACUAAGUGGCUUUCCCCCUUCGCCCCCGCGCGCCCCUCCACUCGCCUAUGGGAUGGGUGCCGUCUCCCGCGGCACCCGCUGUAUGGGAGGGAUGCGGGGGGGCGGGGCCAUCCAGCCACCCCUCUCCCUCUUCCCCCUGCGUCGUUCCCGCGCGCACCACCCCCCGGGGUCAGGGGAGCUGUGUCUCCUCGUGCGCGCGUAGUAGACCCUCCCUCCUCUCAUAUAUAUACACACACACACACACACAAA